CCACCACCUCCAACCUACGUCUAGACCACCCAGAAUGAUCCCUCGAAUAUAUCUUUAAACCAAUUCUCUCAUACCCACUCUCAUCAUUUGACCGUCAUCUGUGUCUGUUCUCUCUUUAAUAAAUCUAAGUAUAUUCGCUACCUGUUAGCAGCCACACAAUUCCACGACAACCCGACAACGCCCCACACUCUCCGGAGAGACACACCCAGCGUCCAGCUUGUAGACACCCCGCCUUAUAAUACGACCGGAGAGUAGAUACUCCACUACAUGUUUGGAGAAGGCGAAUCUGAGUCUCCGCGAGUUCCGUCCCCAUGGAACUCUUUGCUGCCUGACAAGUGCUCGCCGCCGGUCGCACCCACCAGGCUGAAUUAUCUCACCGACGUCCUGAAUGUGCCCAAGCUUGCUGCUGAGCAGGAAGAGGGCAACGUCGAGUAUAAGCUCCACCUCUUACAUCCGUCCCCAGCCCGUUUUGCUCGUCUCGUCACUCAAUUGAAAUGGCGCUUGCUCGAAGGCGGUGGCCAAGCUUUCUACGAACUUGGAGUCGCCGACGAAGGUGCCCUAGUUGGUUUGACUCCUCUGGACUUGGCAGACACCCUGGAUACGCUCUACGCCAUGGCGAAGGAGAUCGGAGCCAAGGUCGUCGUGGUGAAGGAAAUCGAGGUCACUGGAAAUAAGGGACGCGAGGGUAGGAGUGCAAAAGAGUUUGUGAGAAAAGGCGGGAGGGACAAGGAAAGAAAGGAACGCAAGGAGAGGGACCGGAGGGCCAAGGAGGAGAAGCUUAGGAUCGUGUCCGCAGGGCAGCCAGCCUCCCUCACCCCGUCGUCCUUCGGCUCUACCGCAUCUUUCGCCACCACGAACGACUCCGACUUAGAGCUCCCAGACCUGACGAGGUUAUCCGCUACUCCUUCUCCACCAACAGUAGCGCUGUCCACUCCCGCUGACGCCGAACUUGAGUCCGUCCCUGUGAUCAAGGUGGACCUGGACGACUCACUUGCGUUAUUUUCUAUGGAUCCUGAGCCGAAUCUUCUAGACGAUGACGAUGCGCUCCAGCUGCCGCCUGUGUCGAAACCUCUUGUACCUCCGACAAGGACACAGCGUUUCACCAUCGACCUCGAGUCUCCCAAUGCCCGCGCGAUUGCUUGCAUCCCUUCUCCACCUCUUACUGCUACCCCCGCCGGCGCGAUGUCGCUUUCUCCAACAUUUAUGUCUCCUCUAUCAGCACUCACCUCUCCCCUCACAUUCGCCGCGAACGCCACAGCCUCCCGAAACGCGGUGACGCCUGCGAUGACCAAGGCGCAGAAACGUCGAGUUGCUCGCGAUUUGAGGAGAUCUUUGCGGAAGAGGGCAUUGGAGGAUCCCAUCGUUAAUCCUAAUCCAGUCGAGCACGACUCUGUUUCCCUCGGGGCGCAGGCGGCUGAGUCGGUCGAAAUCGUAAUGACAGCUGAAGACGUUGUACCGGCAAUUGACCUCGAGGCGAGCCAUGCGCCGGGAGAUGAACUAGCAGAGAUAUUGGAGGGCAUGAAGCUGGAAGCGAAUGGGAAAGCAGAGGCCUCUGCGCCCGUUGACAUGGUACCCAGGCUGAUAGUGGAGGCGAUGGUGGUCAGAGAGUUGGAUUUGGACGAGGCGUUCUUGGACUUCACAAGGGUUUGAUCGCAGUUGUGUCAUACAGCCGUACACCCUUGCGUAACUGCUUGUGGUUGCUUUCGUCACGCCGUCGGCCCCUCACGUAUACUUUUUUAUUACCCUUCCAUAUAUCUUUGUUUUCCAGAUCUUUUCGGUGUACACUUUUCUUCCCGCUUUAUCGAGAUCCAUAAGUUUGCCUUCUUUCUCGUUUCCUCGGACUGUAUCAACAUCUCAUGUGCAUAUUCUUAUCCCACUGUUCAUGGCAAAAUGGCGUGACUAUCAUGAUUUGGUCUCGUUAUGUCUCGC